AUGACACGCAUAUGGCCGAAGGGCAGUCUUGUAAAUGUACAAGCCGAGCCCGAGAAGGAUCCUGCAUCCCUGGAUCCAGCAUAUCUCGUUAAGUGGGAUCACGAUGAUAUAUUGAAUCCUCAGAAUUGGACUCCCAGGUAUAAAUGGUGGGUGACAUUCCAACUGGGCAUGCUUGCUUUGGCGGGUAGUCUGGGGUCAAGCAUCACCACGCCAGCCGAUGACACCAUCGCGAAGUAUACUGGCGUGAGCAGCGAGGUUGCCGUGUUAGAUGUAUCCCUGUAUCUCCUUGGUUUCGUCUUCGGACCUAUCAUCUGGGCCCCUCUUUCAGAAAUCUGGGGCCGAAGAAUCAGCAUACUUCCCGCCGUCUUUUGUCUAGCACUAUUCUCCAUCGGCACUGGCGUAAGCACAAAUGCAGCCUCGGUGUUCGUCACGCGCUUUUUCGCAGGGUUUUUCGGCUCUGCGCCGAUUAGCAAUGUCACCGCUGCACUAGGUGAUAUAUGGAGUAAAGAGACGCGCGGGACCGCAAUCAGUCUCUAUGCAGUGGCAGUGAACGGCGGCCCGGCGCUAGGUCCAGUGAUAGGUGCAGCGCUUCUGUUGAAUCCUAAUAUGGGCUGGCGCUGGACAGCAUACAUCCACGCAAUCUGGGUCUUUGUCAUUUUCACUUUGACCUUCUUCUGUUUGCCGGAGGUAUAUCCACUGGUACUACUCAAGCGCAAAGCACAGCAGCUUCGGAAGGACACUAAUGAUUCGAGGUUUUAUCAUCCCCAUGAACAUUUGAAACUCGAUGUCAAAUCCGUUCUUACGAAGCAGCUUGCCCGCCCAUUGAGAAUGCUCUUCACUGAGCCGAUCGUCACCUGCAUUGCAUUCUAUGCUUCCUUUGUCUACGGCGUCAUGUACCUAACUCUUGAGGUAUUUCCAAUUGCAUUCCAGCAAUCUCGAGGUUGGAACCACCUUGUGGGUUCUUUGCCGUUCCUGGGAUUGUUGAUCGGUGUCAUAUCCUCGGUGGGUCUCAAUAUCUGGAACCAAUACCGCUAUAACCAGAUAUCCAGCGAGGCAAAUGGGAAAGCAGUUCCCGAAGCACGACUCCCGCCUAUGGCAUUCGGGGCGGUGUUUUUUGUUAUAGGGCUCUUCUGGUUUGCUUGGACUGCUGAACCACCCCACCACUGGAUCCUGCCAUGUCUGGCAGCGGUCUUUAUAGGCAUUGGAUUCAACUGCAUUUUCCAGCAGUGUUUGAACUUUUUGAUUGAUGUAUAUAAGGUCUAUGCUGCUAGCUCAACGGCGGCUGUUACGUUUCUUCGAAGUUUGUUGGCUGCCGGGCUUCCCUUGGCGGCUAAACCGAUGAUUAGGGCUUUGGGGAUUGGGCCUGCUGUUUCUAUUGUUGGAGCUGUGGCUGCGGUUCUAUUGCCAGUACCCUUCUUGUUUAUGAAAUAUGGCCCAAAGCUGCGGGGAUUAUCAAAGCUUGCGCCUGAGGAUUGUUAG